UUUUUUUUAAAGGAAGAAUUGUGUAGGCGGGUAUUUAGUCUAUUUUUUGGAAAUCGAAUUGCUGAUCUAGCCUAGAAUAGUGGACUUGAAACAUGGUGAAGCGACGUUCGAGCCACUUCAACAACCACGUAACAUGGGAACAAACCCCGUCUGACGAUGAUGAUGAUGAUGAAUCGAGCGACAGUGACUCAGUCAGGCCCCGGUCUCCCACCUGUACAGACGAGGGUUCGGGUAGCGAGGAGGAGGGUUCGGAAUCGGAAUCCGAGUCCGAUGUGUCAUCAGGAGGAGGGAGUUCUUCCAUGGCCCGCCGGAUUCGGGGUACCUCUUUGAUAAAGCUGGUGACCUCUAAAUAUCCCGGUGUGAAACAAGCCAGGAUUCUCUUGGGUGCUCUCACACCGGGUGAGAUUGAUGGGGAGCUGAGGGCUACAGACGGACGAGGCAACAGCGUCAUCCACUAUGUCUGCAUCAAAACACUCCUACCUUGGCUUGAACUCAUCAUACAGCACGGUGGAGAUCUGGAGGCGAAAGGAGCAGGCGGAAAGAGACCGAUACAUCUUGCACUCAAAGAAAGAGCAAGGAAUGAACGCCAGACCCGGGACAAAGCGCGUAUGGUUGAACUCUUGGUAGCCAAGAAGGUAGAGGUCAACAAAGAGGAUAAUCAAGGUCAAACGCCAUUACAGCUUGCCUGUAAGUUUGGGGGACAGAAGACCGUGAUCCGAGCCCUCCUGUCACAUCCAGACAUUAGAGUCGAUCAACCUGUAAAGCACGGAAGGGUAAAGUCAACGCUUCUGAACAUCUCCUGCCACAACAACCAGUUUGAGAACGCUCUACUUCUGCUCAAGCACAAUGCUAAUCCUCUAGCAGAGGAUGGCACCAAAGACACGCCUCUGUACACCAUACUCAGGAAAGGGCACAUGAAGUAUGCUCUACGUUUCUUGACAACAUGUCAGAAGAAGGGCCAUGACAUGCGACAGAUCUUGUCGGCCAAGAACGUUUACAAUAAAACUGUUCUCCACGAAGCAAUUAUAACGGGACAUGAGCUGCUUGUCAAAUUCUGCCUCGAUUGUAUGACCCCUAGCAAUCAGUCUGAUGGGACAGAUUCCAAUGACUAUCUUCUCAGCGUCACGUCAAGAUACAAUACCAACGUGAUGCAUUCAGCAUGUAUGAAAGAACACCUUGCCAUCGCCAUUCUCCUCUAUGAUCUGUGCCCCAAGCUCCUCGAUGCAAGGACCACCAAGGGAUGGACGCCUCUGCACUAUGCAUGCAGGGGCAACUAUGCCGAGCUGGCCGAAGAGCUCUGUUCCAUGUUACAAAGGUAA